AUGCCCCCCAAAGCGCACAACUCAAACUCAGAGUCCGAAUCCAGGACGCGAAGCAAUGCUGGCAACCAAAACCAGGGUCCUGCGUCUGGAAACGCUAGAAAUGCGGGCAAACAGAGAUUGACCAAUGCACAACAACAGUACUUGAAAGAUCUAAUACGUACGCAUGUGCACCGCAACCACCCCGACAGCACCCCAAAACCAGACCCUGUCGACUUCGAAGCAUACUCCGACGACUUUUUACGUCGCUACAAAGACCACUUCCAGCUGCCACUAGAGGACAAUUUAUCUCUUCGAGGGUAUCUUUUGGGCUCGAAGCUCGGCCAAAAGACGUACUCCUACAAACGGAACGAGAAGGGCGUGCCCGAUGCUCGAGUCACCAAGAAAAAGCUGGCUUCAGAGGUCAAAAAACACUUCACCUCCUACAAUGUCAAGGAAACUGAAUGCAUUCCAGCAUUCAUCUACAAAGUCAAAAACCAGAAGAAACGGUUCAAAAUGGAGUUCAGAGACUAA